AUGUGCAUGGAGCCAGCUCCCAAGCCAUGCAUGCAGAGCAUGGCCCUGCCCAUCCCACACACCCGGCCCUCCUCCCCUCCCGGUGGGAAGCAUGAAGCUGAGGACGGGUGCAGGGCCGCCCCACCGGCUGGGGUGGGAGGGAGCCGAGAGCCCCGAGGGGAGGCCAUGUCCCUGUGCCAAAGCCCUGGGUGCAGCUGUGGCACUGACCGCCUGCCCGGCAGCGGGGCAGACCUUGCUCUCAGCUGCCUGUUCGGCCUUGGGGGUUGCUUGCAGAGAGCAGGAGCUGCUCCCCUCAGGGCCCUGGGGCUGAGGAACAAGGCAGUGCAGGCACUGCCCAGCUCUGCCAGGAGAGCUGUGGCCAGAAGAACUGUGGCCAGCUGGUUGGAGGGUUUGUCUGUGGGGCUGGGCCCAGCCAGCACAGGGGAUGAGUGGAUUGCUGCUGGAGAGCAGGGCUCCACUGCACCCUGUCAUGGCUGUGCAGGGGCUUCAAAUCCUCUGUCUGCUGCAGAGGACAAAGACACGAGGGAUGAUGAGGAGCUGGUGCUGUCCCAGGGGCCGGCCAGAGCCUGUGGCUGGGGCAGGGCGUGCUGGUGGGAGCCCCACAGGGCUGGGGGAGUUGGCAGCGUCAGGGCACGGCUGUGGCUGUGCUGUGUCCCUUGGCAGUGUCAGGGCACGGCUGUGGCAGUGCUGUGUCCCUUGGCAGUGUCAGGGCACGGCUGUGGCAGUGCUGUGUCCCUUGGCAGUGUCAGGGCACGGCUGUGGCUGUGCCGUGUCCCUUGGCAGCGUCAGGGCACGGCUGUGGCUGUGCUGUGUCCCUUGGCAGCGUCAGGGCACGGCUGUGGCUGUGCCGUGUCCCUUGGCAGCGUCAGGGCACGGCUGUGGCUGUGCUGUGUCCCUUGGCAGUGUCAGGGCACGGCUGUGGCUGUGCUGUGUCCCUUGGCAGUGUCAGGGCACGGCUGUGGCUGUGCCGUGUCCCUUGGCAGUGUCAGGGCACGGCUGUGGCUGUGCUGUGUCCCUUGGCAGUGUCAGGGCACGGCUGUGGCUGUGCUGUGUCCCUUGGCAGUGUCAGGGCACGGCUGUGGCUGUGCCGUGUCCCUUGGCAGUGUCAGGGCACGGCUGUGGCUGUGCUGUGUCCCUUGGCAGUGUCAGGGCACGGCUGUGGCUGUGCUGUGUCCCCAGCAGGGCUCAGUGCUGGCACUUUCAGGCUGUUUGAGGGGAGCUGCCAAGCACUUUUUGAGCAGCACAGCGCCUGUGCUGCUUGGAGGAGACGAUGUGGUGAGGCCUACAAGGUCUCAGUUGGAGGGAAUGGGGUGGAACAAGGAGGCUCCCUGCUGCCCUGGCUGCUGCUCUUCCUCCAUGCUCUGCUCUGCAGCCUGCCACAGACAGGCUCUGCAGCCCUGGACUCAAGCACCACAGGAUCCAGUGUCUUCCAGGAAUAAAUCUCCCAGUAAAAGCACUUUCAGGACUUUUCCUUCCAGGUGCUGCUCAGCUCCUGCUGCAGGACUAGGCAGGGGAGGGACAGGAUAAGCAACUCCUGUGGCAGGGUCUUUUCAAUAAAAGCAUCCUGGCUCAAAGGCAGCAUCAGA